AUGUCGACGAUUCUCUUCACGGCAGCUCUACUUAGCCUCUGUGCAGCGACGCCGCUGCAAAGCCGAUAUGUCGUCAAGGAAACUCAUCGUGUCCCUCAUGAGUUCUCAAGAGAAGGCAACGCACCCAGCCAAGCCCUCAUUCGCCUUUCCGUGGGUCUGAAGCAGGGUAGAUUCCAUGAGCUCGAGAAGCAAUUGUAUGAAAUUUCGGAUCCCGACCAUUCCCACUACGGACAAUACCUCAGCUUGGAUGAGGUGAACGAAUUAGUCAAACCUAAGGAUGAAUCGCUCGAACUGGUCCAGGAGUGGUUACACCAGCAUGUCGAUCCCAAGAACAUCAAUUACAGCCCUGCUAGAGACUUCCUUACCUUCAUUUUGCCGGUAGCAAAGGUGGAAAGACUCUUGGAGACAAAGUACUCCGUCUACCGUCAUGUGGAUGGAUCCACUAUUAUCCGUACCCCGGAAUGGAAGUUGCCUUUGCAUCUGCAUGACCACGUAACAGCCAUUCAGCCAACAACAUCGUUCAUUCGUGCAGUACCUCAGAGCAAGACCUACCUGAAUGUUCCAGGCACUGUUGGUCAUCCUUUGCCUUAUGGGCCAAGCAACGGAACAGUUGAUCAGGUUUGCAACACUAGAGCUGUAACUCCCUUGUGCCUCCGAACGCUCUACGGGACUGUUGACUACAAACCAAAAGUUCCCGGCCAAAACCAAGUCGCCUUAACCGACUAUCUAGGAGAAUUAAACAACCGAUCAGACACUGAAAUAUAUCUCCAACGAUACAGGCCGGAAGCCGUUUCUGCUGCUUACAAGUUCCGUCAAAUUUCCAUUGCCAAUGGCACUUUGCAGCAGACACCGAACUCUCCAGCCCAGCUUAGAGCAGGCACUGGCAUCGAGGGUAAUCUCGACGCCGAGACGAUUCUUGGUAUCUCAUGGCCUACACCGCUUCUAGCCUGGUCCACAGCCGGAGAUCCCCCCUUCGCACCGGACAUCGACAAUCCCACUGUAGACAACGAGCCUUAUCUUACCUGGGUGAAUUAUGUGCUCAAGCAAGACUUCGUACCUCAAGUCAUCUCAAAUUCUUACGAAGACAACGAGCAGACAGUUCCAUACUCUUACGCAAAUGUGGUAUGCUCACAAUUCGCGCAGCUCAGCGCACGUGGAGUUUCCAUUCUCUUCGGAAGUGGAGAUGGGGGUGUUGGUGGCGUGCAACCAGGUGGAUCGUGCCUUUCAAACGUCAACAAUCAAACCCAAUUCAUUCCUCUUUUCCCCUCCAGUUGCCCCUACGUUACUUCAGUCGGUGCAACCGUAAAUUUCAAACCAGAAGUCGCCGCCUACGAUCCGCGCAACAAAUUCUCCAGCGGCGGCGGCUUCAGUAACUACUUCCCCCAACCAAAAUAUCAAGCUGAAGCUGUAUCCGAAUACCUCGAUACCAUCGGCGAAGAAUUCUCCCCGUUAUACAACAAAUCCGGCCGCGCGUAUCCCGACCUUGCCGCCUACGGUGUCAACUAUACUAUCAUCUGGAACGGCACUUUACGGCUCGUUGACGGUACAAGCGCCUCGACGCCCGCUAUGGCUGCCAUUUUUGCGCUACUCAAUGAUGCAUUAAUCUCGAAUGGAAAACCGCCACUAGGGUUCUUGAAUCCCUGGCUGUAUAAGAAGGGUAAGAAGGCGUUUGUGGAUGUUACGAGUGGUUCGGCGUUAGGCUGCAAUACGACAGGGUUUCCGGCGACGAAGGGUUGGGAUGCUGUUACUGGGUUUGGGACACCGGUGAGUCCCGCUAAUUAA